GAUGAAUAUUCGCGAGAAUUGUUAUUACCAUAUCCGUCUAUUGACGUUGUCCUAAGUAAUUUGGUACUGUCAUAAAUCAAGGAGCCAAGGAAACACCUUAAUCUUUCAAAGUAUUUAUUAGUUGUACGCAAAGAUCAAAGAUGAAUCAAACGCAAAGACUGAACUUAACACUUCUCGUGUAUGUCUUACUUCGUGGGUUUAUAGACGGUUGUGAAAUUUCAUUUAUCCUGCCAACUGCGUUGUACUAUAUUAAAUCGUUGGAGCAAACCAAAGAAUUUAUGGCCUUAGUCGUGGUAUCAUAUGAUCUCAGUGCACUUAUCACAAUGCCUUUGAUUGGACGUAUUGCAGACCGCUUUGGUCGAGUCGAUAUAUUGGUUGUCUUGUGUAUUGUAUUAAAAGUUUUGGGUAAUUUGUUAUAUUCGAUCAACACAAAUGCUGCGUUCCCAUUGGUUGGAAGAAUAAUUAGCGGAAUUGGGCAAGCCUCUAACGGUUUGCUGUUUCGUCAGAUUUCAUUGUACAUACCAGAAAAAAGACGAGCUGGUAUAUUUGUCAUUGCUGAUGGAGCUUACUGUUUGGGAACAACAUUUGGGCCUGCGAUUGGAACCUUUGUUGUAUUUAGCACAAAUAUAUUUGGUUGGAAGAUUAAUGCUGGCAACUCACCUGGAAUUAUAUUAUUUUUUACUUGGUCUAUUUUCCUUAUAUGGUCACUUUUCUUAUCAAGCAAAUUUGAUGUGAAGGAAGAAUGGGUAAAAGACGAAGUAUUAUUGGAAGAGUUUAAAACACUGAGUGAUCCGAACGAAGUUGCACCUGCUAUUAAUCAUGGUGCAGGUCAACAUAAACAAUCUGCUGAAUUAUGGAAUGAUUGUAAUUCCACUGUACUUUGUUUGUUUUUUUUAGUAUUUAAUAGUGAAGCUUUCUCAAGCAUAUCAUUAUUUUCGACACCACUUUUCGCACAAGAAAUUUUGCAUUUGCAGCUCAUUCACGUCAAGUUAUAUUUCCUGAACUGCUCACUCACAAACUUCGGUCUUUUCUUAGCAACUUACAUCUCGUCCAAUUAUUUUGAAGAGCGAAAUAUUGUCGUAUUCUAUGUUAUACUUCAGGUCAUCGCUCUACCGUUGUUAACCUGUUUGAGUAUUACUUGGAUGGACUUCAACAACAGUCAAUACUAUAUUUUGUUGUCAUACAUCAUGCUAGGCUCUCCGUUUUUAAUAUUUUCACAAUGUUGCUCUUUGUUAUCAAAAAUCACCCAUCCAACGAAUGCUGGAUUCUUUCAAGGUGUUUCAGUUGCCACUAUUCAUAUUGCAUAUACUGUAAGUCGUAUACUAAUGAGUUUUGCAUUUACACGCAUUGGGAUGAUCUAUUUUAGUUUUGGCCUUAUUGUAAUGUGGUUUAUUGGUGCUGUUUGGUAUUUUUUUGCAUACCGCAAGUUGACUGUACAUGAAGAGCGUUGUAGAAAGCAGUAAAUAAAUUUCUCGAUCAUCAUGCA